AUGAGAGGAUCUUCCUAUUCCCAGAAAUCCCAGUCCCUGCAGGUGAGUGGGGCACGCAGCAGUAUGCGAGUUCAGAGCCCCUCUCCCUCCCGGUGCCGUGGAUCCUCGUACAACAACCGUGGACGCUCCGGAUACCAGGGCGGCCACGUGUCCUCGGCCGUGGAGUUGGGCACAGAGAUACACCAGGUCCAUGCCAACGAGAAGGAGGAGAUGCAGGAGCUAAACGUGAGGUUUGCAGGCUACAUCGAGAAAGUCCAGGCCCUUGAACAGAGGAACGCCCUGCUGAUGGCCGAGCUGGCUGCGCUACAGGGCCGCUUCAAGGGAGGCCCCACCGGCAUCGGAGAAGAGUACAACCUCAAGUUCAAGGAGAUGAGGGAGCUGAUCGAAGCCUUGACCAAUGAGAAGGGAGCUGCUGAUAUCGAGAGGGGAUACAUUGAGGAGGAGGUGGAGGUGUGGAGAAUGAAACUGGAAGAGGAGCUGGCACUGAAAGAGGAGGCAGAGAUGAUCCUGAGGGAAUUCCGUCAAGACGUUGACAAUGCCACUCUGCAGAAGGCUGAGCUCGAGAAGAGUGUCGAACAGCUGGUGGCCGAGAUUGAGUUCCUCAAGAAGUUGCAUGACGAGGAAGUUGCCGACCUCAUGAAGCAGAUCGAGGACUCCAAGGUGACCACGGAACUCGACGGUGACCGCCCCGACCUCGCCGCCUACCUCCGCAACAUGCGCGCCGAGAUUGAGACUGUGGCGGCCAAGAACGUCCAGGAAGCCGAGAAGUGGUACAAGGGCAAGUUUGAAACCCUCAAAGAAGUCGCCGGCAAGAAAGAAGAGCAGAUGAAGUCCAUGAAAGAAGAGAUCACCACCUUCCACAACCAGGUGACAGACCUCCAGAACCAGAUCGACGGGCUGAGGGCGAGAAACGCGGCCCUGGAGCAGCAGCUGGAGGACAUGGAGAUGGCCCACAUGGAUAAGGUUGGAGGCCUGGAGGGCAUCAUUGCUCAGCUGGAGCACCAGCUCUGCGAGACCAAGAUGGAGAUGGGCAAGUACCUGGCCGACUACCAAGAGCUGCUGCACAUCAAGCUGAAGCUGGACGCUGAAAUCGCCGUCUACAGGAAGCUGCUGGAGGGAGAGGAGAGCAGGCUGGGGAUCUCUCUGUCACAGAGGACCACCUCAAUGUCCUGCAGUGUGGAGACUCACCAGUUGCCAGACGGUCUGCCUGAGCACCCCACGUUCUCCCCUACCACCAAGCUUGUCAACUCCCCCUACCUUCACUCCUCUGUUCCACCUACCCUCCCACCCUAUCAGCCCCCCACCCUCCUUCUGCCCCUACACACUGUCAACCCCUAG